CGACACUCUCUCUGUAUCGCUCUGCACCCUACUUUCAUUUCACUUGACUUUGCGUGAGGCCAGCUCCUCCGCUACUACUUUCAUUCAUCUUCUUGCUCGUUGCACACUCACUUUGCACGCUCACUUUUGAUCCCACACUACUCUCUUUCCAACCGAGUCAAUUGCAGUCAUGGUUGCUACCACUUCCUUUGUCGCUGCUUGCAGCAUCUUUGCGCUUUCAUUUGCAGCUCCCAUCUCUAAGAAUGUUGCUAUUCAAUCUGUUGCCGCACGAGGCGCGUACAUUAUGUUUGGCGGAGACGGAUCUCAGGCCACUGGCUGGCCAUCCCGAAAGUCGUGGCUGAGCUUCGAUAGUGCUUGGGAGGCCAAUCUCGAGACCAUCAAGAACUCUUGCCAGGUAGAAGGCUGGGGCGAGAACAACAGCGAUGCCGAGAUGAAAGCUUUGAAGGACAGCAUCAUCGGAGAGUCCAACGCGUCAGGUAUCCCCAAGGAAUUCAUUCUUGCCAUCGUCAUACAGGAGUCUAAGGGAUGUGUGCGAGCUCCCACCACUCGCUGGGGUCACGAAAACCCAGGCUUGAUGCAGAGCGCUCAGGGGAAGGGAACUUGCAACCCCAGCGGAAGCCCAGUCAGCCCAUGCUCUAACGAUGUCAUUCGCCAGAUGAUCCACGAUGGCACUGACGGUGAUGGCCUCGAGACAACUCUGACCCAGUGCGUUGCGGACGCCGGCACGACUGAUGACAGCAAGUGGUACAAGGCUGCUCGUCUGUACAAUGCCGGCAGGAUCACUGACAACAACCUUGGUAUUGGCCCUACUCCGUGCUAUGCCUCCGACAUCGCCAACCGCCUCACGAGUCCCUUCAACUGGAGUCCUUGCGACAAUGCUGUCAUUGGCUCUCUCGCGAGUGCUCAGGGUACUGUUGCCGAAGUUAACGACGUCCCGAACCAGGCGGCUCCUACUUCUACUCCCCCGGCUGCUCAUUCUGCUACGCCAACGCCGCCUCCUGUUCCUGGUGUCUUCGCUGAGACCCCUCAGACUGGCUCUGCUAAGCCUGAUCUCAUCAUCGACGGAGCCGCAGCUAAAUGCACCAAGUACUUCACUCCCAAGUCCGGCGACACUUGCGCUUCCGCCCCUGUCGACUUCGCCACCCUCCGCCAGCUUAACACCAACCUCAACUCCGAGUGCACCAACCUCUGGGCCAGCUACGCCUACUGCAUCUCUGUCUGAGAUUUUGGCAUGUUUGCUACAUAUAUUCGAUCUUUUGGUGUCCAUCUUCACAUAUCACGCUCGGCGUCGCUCGAUGUUGGCGCAUUUAUCUUCACUUCUGCACAUACGUUUUUAGCGCGAUUUGCCCUCAUAGCAGCGGCGUUUCUUUUGUAGAGCUCAACGAUAUACAUGACGGAAUGAAAACAUGCUUCUGCUUCUCUGACCUUAAGUGCGAGCCCGUACCCGUGCUAUGCCUUAAGUCUUCC